AUGAACGAUGAUCUUGAUAGGUUCGAGAACCAAAUUACGGAUUUUCAGAUUCUCGACAAUACUUGUCCAGGGUAUAGUACAGCGACAACGCCAAAACCAAAACCUGGCUUGGGAUGUGAUUAUGAUGUGUUGAUUGGUAUGGAUCUCUCCGGCGCAGUUCCUACACAAACGUACCUCAAUGUGAGAAUGUAUUUAGAUCAGUUACCGUUUUGUCAUAUUUACAAGAUGAUCAGCUGUUAA